AUGGCGUUACGUCUUGAUGAUAUUGCCAGGUUGGCUGCCGAAGAAGUGCGAGCACAGAAAGUGAGCGGUGGCGGAGUCGGUGGAUUUAACACCAGUCCACGGCGCAACUUCGCCGCCACUGGAGCACUGACGACGCCGGUGAAGGCCAAGGAACCGACUUCGUUGUUCAUCUUCUCGGCGGACAAUUUUAUCCGACGAUACGCGAAGAUGAUCAUCGAGUGGGGAUAUCCUUUUCAAUCAUUUUUAGCGCUGUUUGUUUACGAACCUAACGCUGCUCUCCUGAUCACAUACGCGCAGUUAUCUCGUCGCGAAUGUUCUUAUUCGGCUGAAUCGGCUUACUUCGGCGAAAAAUUCGAUUUUCCUCCAACGCGCGUUCUGCGUCUUUGUACGACGCGGGGUCGGUGGCGACGUCAGUCAACACUUGACGCUUUUGCCGCACAAGCGAGGAUCAGAAAGUUGUAUCGCUUUCUUUCCUCUUCGUCCGUCUGCACAAAUCACUCGCCUUUCAUACGACGACGUGUUUACAACGAAUGCCUUGCCGUGACUCUACUCAGCAAGACGAUAAUCACGCCUAUCAAUAAAUCGACAGUGCCCCGCUCUAGUCAGGUCCCUUUUACGCCGUUCGAAUACUUCAUCCUAAUGACCAUCAUUGCAAACUGCAUCGUUUUGGCAUUGGAUCAGCAUUUACCGAACAAUGACAAGACACCGCUGGCACUCAAACUGGUAAGUGUUUUAAUGUUUAUUUUUGAUCAUUCAUUGCCAUAACU